AAGUUUAAAAGCAGAGAUGUAUUCAAACAAAGAAGGAACAAAGAGCAAACAGAGGGCAUGAAAGUUUACCAAAGUGUGGGAGAUGUUUGAACAAGGUGGUUGUGUCAAAUCAAUGAAGUCAGCUAAACACUGCCUCCAGUUAAAAACAAGAAACACAAACCAAAGGACCACACUUUGUAAAAAGAAGGGAGGCACAAACCACACCAAUCUAGUGAGCCUAACUGAAGAUUGACUAUGUGAGUGCUAACACGUAGGGAUUCCCCAACUUACCCUCACACCUCACACCACAAACCUCUUCAGUCACAAACAGCACGUACAGACUAACGGCCAGAAAGAUAGAGAUCGUGUGAUGUCUGUGUGCUGUACAGUGACAGAGGAUUGCUGCCGUUUUUUUACAACGUGCCAGCAAGUGAGUGAGUGAGACAUUUAAGAGACUGCUGAAAAAGGCCACUGAUCCAGCUAAAAGAGUUACAAGCUCAGGAGAGAGCUGGCCACAAGCAGCCCACGGAGGAGCCCCUGCUGUUGAUGGAGGGGACAGAAGGAGGGUCCUAAUAAUGGAGGCGGUGAAGAUGGGGAUUCUUGGCUCAUUGGGGAUGGAAGAAGAACCAAAGCUGACCACUAAGGCCACUGAGGAAGAGCUGAGGACCAUGUACCGGCUCUACAGGGAGACACUGAGAGAGAUGAGAGGAAAUUCUAGCAACACAAAGAGCAAAACCAUUUCAACUGUGGUCUUUCCAGCUACAGUGAAGGAAAUCAAAGCUCCUGGGAGGUCAGAUCACUUACACUUAGGUCACCACAUGCAGUGGUACAGAGCUAUUUUCCACAAGAACCCCAACAUCCAGGCUGAGUUGACACUGGCUCGGGCUCAGCUGAAGAUUUCCAGGCAGGUUUUAGACAAACCUACUUCAGCCCAGCCUGAGUUAAGACCAAAGAUUAAAGUUAAAGUCAACAGGAAGAGGACGGAGAACUCCCCAGUCUUUCUUAAUGUGUCAGGCAUUCCAGAUGUGAGGUUGGACAUCAGAUCAGAGGUGGAGAAGUGGAUUAGGACUGAUGGAGGUCAGAGGUUGGUUGUGGAUGUCGGGAUGACAGAGGGUGAGGCUAAUCUGAAGACAACUCCAACCAUUUCUCUGGAAUUAGACCUCAAGCAGGCUCGGAGGACCAGGCUCCCUCGCUCCAACAAGGAAGACGACUGUGACGAGCGAGGGUGGUGCUGCAGGAAGUCUGUCACCAUCUCCUUUAAAGACAUUGGCUGGGCGGACUGGGUGGUGGCACCGACUGAGUACACCAUGCAUUUCUGUGACGGCUCGUGCCCUCACAACUACAAGCCGGCCAGCAUGCACACGCAGGUGAAGUCUCGGCUGCAUCAGAUCAUGAAAGGAGGGACGUCACGGCCCUGCUGCGUGCCGUCAGCCUACGAGCCCAUGGUACUCCUGCACUACGACAGCAGUGGGAAGAUGAAGCUGACGCCUUUUAAUGACCUGAUUGUCAGUAAAUGUCACUGUGCCUGAGGGCAAAGUGAAAGUGACCUAUGAACUCUGACAUUUGGGCCUUGCAAGAUAUGUUACACUCUGAAAAAGGCCUGCUGUGUUCCUGAGGGAAUUGGUGUAUUAACCUGAAAACAUGUUAAUGCCAAUGCUUUGUGUUGUAUUAUGGACUGAGCAGUCAUUUAUAACUUAAAAAUGUAUUUAUUUCAAGUUCUAUUUAUGUUCCUUAACUUGUAUAUGUGUCUUUUAUAGUUAUAUGUUACAGCUUAAUGUUAAAUUGUGUGGCCAUUUAUGGUUUAAAGUACUGAGUUCUUUAAGAGUAACCUGGUUUGGAUAUUCUUUGUUGUUGUACACAUUUCAUCCAUUUUUGAAGACGAAAAUAAACAUUCUAAAGGAAAUACAUUUCCCUGUCAU